AUGUGUCCAUUGAAAAACGUUUACACCUUCUACGAUCCAUCCACCAAGAUUUGGAGCGGCCUACCGAGGAAACCGAUCUUCAAUCCCCAGCAGGGCAUAGGUGAUCUGAUUCUGCAGAUUCUGGAACGAAAUGCCGACAAGGUGGUGCAAAUCAGUGCCGAUAGCGGUGUGGAAGUGACUGGCGCUGAAAUGCGUCUCCGAACGAUCCGUAUCGCACAGAAUCUGAUCCGAAUGGGCUACGGCAGCGGAAGGCAUUCGGAGGACAUUUUCACCAUGAUCGUUCGAAACGGGGAAUACACGGCUCCAGUGUUGUUUGCUUGUUUCGCUCUGGGUAUUCCUGUGAAUACGUUGGAUCCUUCGUUUCAGCGGGAUGAUUUGAGUCACAUGUUGGAGACAGUGCAGCCAAAGCUGGUUUUCUGCGAAAGUGAGAUAUUGGAAGAACUGAUUGCUGCCUGUGAUUUAGCGAACGUGUCACCGAAGAUCAUUGUGACGGAGGAUCACAUCGAUGGGUACGAUCACGUGAAAAGUCUACUGGAAUCGACUGGUAACGAAGCAGCUUUUGUUUCGGUCCCGAUCGCAAACCCCACUGUGCAACUCGCGGUCUUGCUGUGCUCCUCCGGCACAACGGGUCGUUCGAAAGCCGUCUGCCUAUCACACUCGAUCUGCAUUGCCCACUUGGCAAACUUCUUCCAGUGUAAUCCCAGCGAUAGGACCCUGGCCUUCAGUACACUCUAUUGGCUGUCCGGGAUGUUCACUCUUCUGACCAGUACGGCUUGGGGUGCCACCCGGAUCAUCACCCGGCAAACCUAUGACGCCGAACUGACACUGGAGAUUAUCGAACGCUUCCGAGUAUCGGCUGUCGUUCUUCCAUCUUCGCAAGCGCUAGGCGUCGUCAACAGUCCAAACGCAAAUGUCAAAGCCCUUCGUAGCCUCCGCUUUUCAUUCACCGGUGGUAGUAUGAUUCCGGUUUCGUUGAAACGAUCCUUCGAGCAGCUGAUCCCCGGAAGGUUUCUGGAGGUGGUGUAUGGAUUCUCGGAAAUUGCCUUAGCAGUGACGUUCACUAGGGAGGAAUUCUAUCGGGACGGUUCGGUUGGUUUCCCCGUAGCGGGGACGGAGUUCAAGAUCGUUGAUGACGACGGACAAGCGCUGGAGGUCGAUCAAGAAGGCGAGAUCCUCGUGAGGGCGGAGUACGUAUUCGGGGGUUACUUUGGAAACGAGGAUGCAACGAGGCAAAUUCUGGACAGCGAAGGGUGGCUGCAUUCCGGAGACAUUGGCCGAUUCGAUGAGGACGGUUAUCUGUACGUGGUGGACCGGAAGAAGGAUAUCAUCAAAUGCAGUGGCUUCCAAGUUUCACCUAGCGAAAUAGAGAGUGUAAUACAGGAAAUGCCCGGAGUGGCCGCGGUAUGUGUAGUGGGCAUCCCAGCAGAAGUAUUCGAUCUGGCUACGGCGUUGGUAGUGAGGAAAGGUUCGGUUGAGUCUGAGGUACCGGAUUCGGCCGAGAUUGCCCGAAAGGUGGAAGAAGCGCUGCCUUGGUAUAAGCACUUGAAGGGAGGAGUAUAUUUGACAAACGAGCUUCCGCUGACACCGUCGGGAAAGGUGAUGAGACGAUCGGUACGGGACAUUGUUUUACGAAUCAAGGACGGGAAGGGUAAAGAGAAUUAA